UGCAUCAAUUAUUUAAUAUUUACCGAGUUACUAGUUAUUGCUAUAUGUUUAUUGCAAAAGUAAAAACCAUUUAAUAAUAAUUAAUUAAUGUAUAAAAUACCUAGUUUUAUUUGUAGCAAAAGUAAAACUACUAUAUCUAAAUCUGAAAAUAUUUUUCACAAAUUUCCUUCUGAAAAAUACAUUUUAUCCUGAGCAUAAUUUAUCAGUGGACGAAAUAAUUUAGAGCAGUUUUAUUUGAUCUCUUCAUUUUGUACCAGAGUCAUUCAUUGUUCACAAUAAAAAUAAACUACAAAAACAUGCUUUACCAACAAUAAGAGUGAAAGGUGGAAAGACUGAAUAUCCUGAAUUAAAAAAAAAUACUAUCGCUACCUGAAGAUGGAAGCAGUACCUCUAAACUGCAAAUUAAAAACAAAUUUUAGUUAUGAUCCUCCUAAAAUUAUUCCACUUACAAGUACAUCAGAAACCAGUGAGCCACCUAAAGGAUUUGUACCAUUAGCUAAUUUAGGUCAAACCAUGACCAGUACAUUACCAAAAACCUUUGGUCUUUGUACAUCUACAGUUAAUAUGCCUAAUAUUAGUGAGCUACCUGAAAAAUUUGAACCGUUAACUGAUUUAGAUCAAACUAUGGCUAGUACAUCAUCAAAAACCUUUAGUCUUUGUACAUCUACAGUUAAAAAAAAAUUCAAAUCUUCUUUUUUGGAUGUUGCUUCUGUGUCUCCUAAUGACACACCAAAGCAUUCAUACUUAAAAUUCAUAAAAGUUCAUAAAUUGGCAAAUGAAACAGGAAUAAAAAACAAAAAAUUAAAAGGCUUACAACAAUUUAUCCGGCGUAAAAAUAAGCAAAAAGCUGCUAUGUCUGAAAUUAUUAACAAACUCAAAAAUAAUAAUCUUUAAAGAGGAUACUGAUAAGAAUCAUUUGGAAAAAUAUGGAUAUCAACUGGCAAAUAAAUUGAGAAAACAACACAUUUUUUUUUUCAAGCAAAAUUUGAAGGUUUAAUUAUCUAAUG